AUGAAGGUCAUCCUCGCAGGUUCAACAGGCUUCAUCGGCCGCGAAGUCUUAUCCCAAUGUCUUGCACAUCCUGCCAUCACCUCGAUCGUGGCGCUCAGCCGGCGAGACCUACCAGCACAUGAAAAGCUCAAAGUCGCAUUAAUCGAGGAUUUCAUGACGUACCCUGACUCAAUCCAGGAUGAGAUUCGAGAUGCCGAGGCAUGUAUCUGGACACUGGGCAAGGCUCAUAUGCCUAAUAAUGAUACCGCUCGACGAGUAUGCCUAGACUAUACUCUUGCAGCAGCGCAAGUCUUUCGGGAGACGUGCCAGAAACCAUUCCGGUUCAUAUAUUGUAGCGGUGGUGCCGCCGAGAGAGAUCAGACUAAGUCGCUCUGGUUUAUGCAGAAAUAUCGGCACAUUCGGGGUCAAGUCGAGAAUGAACUUUUGGAAAUUGCCAAUGAUCCUGGUUUCAAGGCUCAUAUCAUGCGGCCAGCUAUGGUGUUAGCGCAAGAUAUGAGCCUACGGAGUCUUGUGUUUAGUCUUGGGCCAUCGGUAAGGUUGGAUAAUUUAGCUAGAGCCAUGCUUGACCUAGCUUUGAAGGGCGGAAAGAAGACUAUAUGGGAGAAUGCUGAUAUCAACCAGAGCAAUAGGCUCAUUUAA